UUAAAUAUUAAAUAAAAGAUAGGAGAAGAGAGAGAGAGAGACAGCGAGAGAACAAAAGUCAUCUCAUCAAACCUUGUUCUUCACACAUCCCUCUCUCCUUUUCUUCUUCUCUACCCGAUCCAACCCAAACCCUUUUUCUCUCUCUCUCUCUCUUUCUGCGUGUGAGAGCAGAAGAAGGGGGAAGCCCAGUAGCCAUCAAUGGAGAACUCUCCAAGGCGUCAAGAGGGAGAGAACCCAUCUGCCUUAGCAUCCCCAAAGAGCAAUAGCAGCAGCAGUAGCAGCAGCAACAGCAAUGGAGUUCAACACCCCUUGACUCCAAAAUCCAUCGCCAGAUCUGAUGCUAAUGCCUACCCAACGACCUUCAUUCAAGCUGACACUUCAUCCUUCAAGCAAGUAGUCCAGAUGCUCACUGGAUCAUCAGAGACGGCCAAACAAGCGUCGAAGGUCACUUCCCCUGCCGAUCCAUCCAACAAGAGCGCUAUACCCCCAAUCAAGUCUGGACCCAAAAAGCAAGGAUUCAAGCUUUACGAGAGGAGGAACAGUCUCAAGAAUCUCAAGAUCAGUCCUUUGAUGCCUGGAUCACUCCAUCAGAAUUCUGGGUUUUCGCCGAGGAAGCCAGAGAUCUUGUCCCCAAGUCUGCUCGAUUUUCCUGGGCUUGUUCUGAGCCCGGUUACGCCUUUGAUCCCUGAUCCCUUUAACAGGUCUCCUCCAACUUGUAACACUAACAGUAACGAUUCAAUCUGCACUUCUAUGGCGGAGGAGAAAGCGAUCGCAGAGAAAGGGUUCUAUUUGCAUCCAUCUCCGAUUACGACUCCCAGGGACUCAGAGCCCCGGCUUUUGCCUCUGUUUCCGGUGACAUCGCCCAAAGUUUCAGGUUCUUCUUCUUGAGAUGUGUUAAUUCCAUAAGCAUGUAUUUGCACUGAAGAGGUGGAAUUUCUGGGUAUUUUGAUUGUUUGUAGAGGAAACAUAGAGAUAUUGCUUCAAUUGUAGAACUUUAUCUACUUCAUCUUCCUUUUCUUAUUGUCUCUUUUUCUUUUUUUCUUUUCCCUGUUCUGUCAAGCUCUGUUUAUUAUUUUCGAUCCAUUAACAUGGGCUCUCUCUCUCAA